AUGGCUACGGAAGACGGGACACCGGUAAGAUCCCUCACACAACGCUCCGGUCAAGCGCUCAAUACAACGGUGAUAUACGAUGGAGCGUGUUCCCAGUACCCACAGGAAGUAAUGGAUGCAGCCGGGAUGAUCGUUCCUUCUGAGGAAGAGUCUCAGAAACUCUUGCACAGUGACUCAAUUGAAAUCCCUGAUCACAUCAUCCGAGUGUCUCGAAAAGAGAAGGAUUGGGGGCCAUUAAAUUCAAAUACGCUAAAGGAAGGAUCAGCUUGGUAUGUCGUAUCAAAAAGAAAUUAUCCACUGGCUCAUCCUAUCCUAUCGAGUCAUGAUUGGAGAAUUCCUAUAAAUGAUGCUGUUGGUAUUUACCCUCCGCCCGAGAACGUGGGCGAGCACUCUUGGAGACGUGCCAUCUACCUUCCAAGUAAAAAUCUGUCCGCCGAGGUUUGCUUUACCGUGAAUAGCGUAGGCUGGUUUCGUCCAGUAAUAAAUGCUGAUAGGCCUGAAGAGGUGAUGCCGACCCUAGAAGAUAUGGUGCAGAGCCAACACUACACUGUUGUUCGCUCGUGGAAGACAAAUGUGGACAAUGAUACAUUUUCUCAUUGUGUAGGAGUGAAGGGCCCUGGUGCCAUACUUUGGCAUGGUCCAACAUAUGACCAGAGAGAAGGCUCAGAGGAGGGGAUGGAGGAAGGACAAUAA